GGCGCCGGCGGCGCGAUGCGGGGCGUCUUGGAGCUGCUGCUGCUGGGCGCUGCGUGGCUGGCAGGCCCGGUCCGCGCGCAGAAUGAGACGGAGCCCAUCGUACUGGAAGGCAAGUGCCUGGUGGUGUGCGACUCCAACCCCACGUCGGACCCGACGGGCACAGCCCUGGGCAUCUCCGUGCGCUCUGGCAGCGCCAAGGUGGCGUUCUCUGCCAUCCGGAGCACCAACCACGAGCCGUCCGAAAUGAGUAACCGCACCAUGAUCAUCUACUUCGACCAGGUGCUAGUGAACAUCGGGAACAACUUUGAUUCCGAACGCAGCACUUUCAUCGCCCCGCGCAAAGGGAUCUACAGUUUUAACUUCCACGUGGUAAAAGUCUACAACAGACAGACCAUUCAGGUGAGCCUCAUGUUAAACGGGUGGCCGGUGAUUUCGGCCUUCGCUGGGGACCAGGAUGUGACCAGGGAGGCCGCCAGCAAUGGAGUCCUAAUCCAAAUGGAGAAAGGCGACCGAGCAUACCUCAAGCUGGAGCGAGGGAACUUGAUGGGGGGCUGGAAGUACUCGACCUUCUCCGGAUUCCUCGUGUUUCCCCUCUGACUGGCUCCUAACCGGGAUGGAGGCCGGGAGAGGGCGAAGGCAGGAGAGGGAGAGACAAAGAGGCUGAAAUUUAGAAGGCGAGAAAGCGGCACCACUUAAAACUUCCCACACGUUCCCCAGCCCCAUCGGGUAAUCAGGCGCGCACCGGCGGUGGGACAACGUGGUGUUUCCUUGUUACAAGUAAAUUCCGCUUAGCUCUGCGCACUCCCGUUUCCAAAAAUAAACUCGCCUCCCCCAAUUCAGUUCCAGUAAUCAAGAAAAGAGGCUGCCUUGUCAUUGUUUGUUACUCCUACGUUCGUGUUCCCAGCGAUUUAUUUAAAAGAAACUUUGUAUUUAACUAUAUAAUGUGAACUAUUUCUCCCUAUCCCCCUCCCCCAAUCCUUCCAUUUACUGAAAUCUUAAUAUUUUCCUCCCUCCUUUUUUAGUUUGGAGAGGGAAAGAGGUUUUUGUUUGUUUGUUUGUUUUUGUUUUGUUUUCCGUUUUUGUUUCUGAAUAGGGAAAGUAGUUUCAAUCUGACAAGUAUUGCUCUUCUUAAAACACUGCUCAAGCGCUAAUUUGCUGAAGAUACUUUGUAUCCUCGGCUCCCUGUUAGUGGAGAUUGGACUCACCUCACUGGUGACUGGUUUAAAAUAUACAUAAUAUAUAUCAUUUGUACACAAAGAACUCUUCUCAGUGGAAACUGGCUGUGUUUCCGUAUUUCUAUGUCCUAUUCGGAGUGGUCGUGAGUCUAAGGCUGCUUGGUGUUCUGAUGCUUGUCAACGCCCUCGUGCUCUGUGGCCCCACUAAACGCCCAGGAGGGUCUUCCGGACGCUUCCUUGUCCUCUGUAACAUACGUGUCAAUAGCCAAGAUUUAAUUUUGCUUUAAUCCAAUAAAGUCGAAGUGGGACUUUUAUUUUUCUGAAACAGCUUUCUGAAUUCCGCAUCUUCCCAGGCUACUAAGGUGAAGUUGGGGGCCGACGGUGUCCGGGGCUAGGUUCAGAAGCAGGAAACAUGAGAACGCCACCAGAAAGGACAGGCGCAAAGGCUGACGUGAAGCUGGUUCGGCGCUCCCGCCUGCACCAGGCCUAAGCUGUCCCUGCUUCGCCUGUGGGCUCUGCCUUGGCACAAACCUAAGAAAUGUGGCUGAAACCAUGCUAGGCCAGGCAUGGCCCGGCCUGGGAGCAAAGUUUGGGUUUUUCUGGAUUCCAAUUGCACCGGAAUGAGCCCCCAUUCCAGGACCCGAAACCACCCUCCCAGAAGUGGCAGCUUCCUCUGGCCUUCUGCACCUGGAUGCCCCUAACCCUCCUCUGCUCCGCAGUUCCCGAAGCAGCCUACGUUUUAUACCAACGUCUCUGAAUCCCGAGUCACCUGCCGAAAGACCCAUCGCCCUGGAUCUGUGAUCACACUCAUUCGCAGGACUUUUAUUGGAGAGGUUCGUCCAAGAAUUUAGAUUGUGUCGGAACAUAAUGUGAAAGCAAAAUUGAAAUAAACGACUUCGUUUUAAAUCUGGAAA